AUCCAAGUGAUGCGGCUGAACCAUCAUCUGCCGAUGGUUAAUUGUGCCAAUGUACCGUACCAGUUCCAAGAGUUUUCCAAGUCUGAAGAGCCCACAAUUUAUUUCUGCACACAGCUCGACCACAUACCGGUAUCCCAAAUCAUCUUCUUUCUCCCAUCAAUCAGUUACUACUACUAGCUAGCUAUCUAACUAACAAGUCUAAGCAAGCCACCAUCAUGUACGGAGACGAACCCAAAAAGCCGUUUGUGGUCAUUAUCGGUGCUGGUGUUGCAGGAUGCGCUGCGGCUGGUGCUCUUCAGGACUAUGGUAUUGACUUUGUGGUGUUUGACAAGCACAGCCGACCGGGAGGUCUUUGGGCAGACAACUACCCUGGAGCCAAAGUCCAAUCGACGUUUGAACUGUACGAGUAUCCGUGCAAACGGUUUCCCGCGCGCAUUCGAAACCGUCAAGACCCACCAGCCCCCACGGCAGACGAAGUCUGCACGUAUCUAGAAGACUACAUACGAGACAAGGACAUGGCAUCCAAGUUUCGCUUCAACACGUACGUGUCGGAUGUCUUGUGUACGGCCGAAGACAAUUGGAUUGUCGAGUUUGAUGGAUUGGCCACCAAGUGCUUUACGUACGUCAUUGUCUGCAAUGGAUUGGUGUCGUCCAAGCCCAAUCAUAUUUUACUACAAGGCGCGGAAGCCUUCAAGAACCAUGGGGGCAAGAUUCUCCAUAGUUCGGAACGUCGCGACGAUCUCGUCUUGGAGGGAAAGCGGGUCUUGGUCAUUGGCAAUGGGAAGAGUGCUGUGGAUGCCGCCACGGCGGCCGCAACGGCAGCGACAGCCAGUGGUGGGACCAAAAUGCCCAUUCAAUUGGCACGACGUCAGACAUGGUAUCUUCCUCGUUACUUUUUUGGAUGCAUUCAAUACAAAUGGAUGUUUCAUACCCGGCUGGGAUCCGCCAUGUUGCCACGGUACUACGAGAGUUCCCAUCCCGUACUCAAGCUACUGCACAGUCUCUUUACCCCCCUCAAGUGGCUGCUGUGGCGAAUAAUGGAAGUCCUAUUGCUACUGCAGUUUCGUCUCCCCAUGCGACUGUGGCCGACAAUGGGGACCAUGGAGAGUGCCACGUUGGAAACGUCUGCCUUGGUUACCGACAAGGAACACUUGGAUCGACUUCGUACCGGCAAGGUGGAUAUGCGCAUUGGAAGCGUACAGCGACUGGAAGCCAAUAAGGCCAUUCUCUCGGACGGCACCGAAGAACCGGUGGAUAUCAUUAUUCUCGCAACGGGAUGGAAACUGUCGUAUGAUCAGUUCCUUUGCGCCGACAGUAUCUUUGCCGGUCUCGACUUUAGUAAAGACGGCCUCGAUUUUUCCAGCGAUGGUUUGUGGCUCUAUCGCAAUGUCUUGCCAGCCGGAUUCAAGGGAAUGGCAUUUGUGGGUUCCAACACGUUGACAUUUAUGAAUAUCUUUACAGCCUACAUUCAAGCCUACUGGCUGGCCGAACUGUUGGCCGGAGUUCGUCCUUGGCCCGAUGAAACGCACAUGAAGGAGACCAUUGAACGAGAAAAGGUGUACAAACGCCAGUACUACAAAGCCAGCGAGAUGCGUGGAGCAUCGGUCGAGUCCUACAUGCAGCACUAUCACGAUGUGCUAAUGCGUGAAAUGGUCCACUCGCGUCCGGCAUUUCACUGUUGCGUCCGACCCGUAGCCCAUUGGCUCGUGCCCAUUCUUCCCAAGACAUUACAGGGAUGCCUGGAACCAUUGGAUGUCGCCGCGAAACCAGCUUCUGUGAACGAGUCCGUCACGGAAGCGACGAACAGUAUCCGUGGAAGUCGUUCCAAGCGUCCUAACAACGAUCAAGACAAGGGAUCAUCCUCUACUUCUUCCAACGAGGAGGAGGAGGAGGAGAGCAGCAGCAGUAGUCGUCGUCUGUUCUUUGCUGCUCGUUUCAAGCGUGGUGGUGCCAGUGCUACUUCGGAGACAAAUGGUGUCUCUCACAAGUCAUCCUCGUUGUCCGACGAUGGGGACAGCGGCAGCUGCGGUUCUUCUUCCGUGGCACAACGCUUCAAUAUGAACUUUCAAGAUGAGCUCUAAUAAAUUGCGCUGCGGUACAUCUACGGCUUCGCAUUACCGGUACACAAUUACUGGUACAAUAACUCGUUUUAUAAAAAGUACCAUGCAUUCUA